CGAUUUCUGCGCAUGGCGUUUUCGGCAUUUCUUCGGCAGCCACAGACGACCCUAAUGUAAUUUUCAAUGAAUUAAAUGUGAAAGAUCGUGCCAAAGUGCAGACAGUCAAAGAAGCAGCCGCUUGCAAGCCAACCGCUUAAAUGUCACAACACUCGAAAAAGGAGAGCAGCAGUAGCGGUAGCGGUAGUAGCCAUGCGAUCCAGAGCAAUCGACAGCACAGCACCAGCAACAACAAGAGCCACAAGCGGCAGGCGGCCAAUGGCAAUCUGAAGGCCCAGUCGAACUCCCACCACUCCCACAGCCAAACCUCCUCGAAAACGCUAAGUAGCAGCAGCGGCAGCGGCAACUCCAGCAGCAACAGCAGCAGUAGAAGCCUCAGCGGUAGCAGCAUGCAGGACACCAGCGCAUCCUUGCUGCCAGCGGCGGCCGCUGGCAAGGCACAGAAGAAGAACCAAAAAGACAAACAGCGCGAAAAGGAGCGCGCGGAACGCAGCCAGCUGGUCCUCUGGCGACAUCCCCUGCAGACCACCAAAUACUGCGGCCUCGAGCUGGCCGCUCUCCUGCGUACGUGGAGCACCAGGCUACUGCAGCAGCGACUCCUGCUGGCCGCCCUGAUAGUAUUAGGCAUCGUAUUUAGCGUAAUUUACAAAAUAGACGGCCCCCAUCAGUUGGCCAUCGAGUUUGUGCGUAGGAACACCUGGUUCUUCGUCUACUGGCUGGGCCUGGGCGUCCUGUCCUCGGUGGGAUUGGGCACUGGGCUGCACACGUUCCUGCUCUACUUGGGGCCGCACAUAGCCAGCGUCACGCUGGCCGCCUACGAGUGCAACUCGCUGCGAUUCCCACAGCCCCCGUAUCCCGAUGAUAUUAUCUGUCCUGAGGAGCCGUACGACAAGCGGGUGCCAAACAUCUGGUCCAUCAUGUCCAAGGUGCGAAUGGAGGCCUUCCUCUGGGGAGCGGGCACGGCGCUGGGCGAGCUACCGCCGUACUUCAUGGCCAAGGCGGCGAGGCUUUCCGGCUACGAUCCAGAGGAUGCCGAGGAGCUGGCCGAAUUCGAGGCUCUGAACGCAAAGCGCCACCAAAAGAACCUCAGUCUGAUGGACAAGGGCAAACUGUUCAUGGAGCGCGUGGUGGAGCGCGUUGGAUUCUUUGGCAUCCUGGCCUGUGCAAGCAUUCCCAAUCCCCUGUUCGAUCUGGCAGGAAUCACCUGCGGCCACUUUCUGGUGCCAUUCUGGACGUUCUUCGGAGCCACGCUGAUUGGCAAGGCGGUGAUCAAGAUGCACAUCCAGAAGAUCUUCGUGAUCAUCGCCUUCAACGAGACGCUGAUCGAGCGGGCCGUCGAUCUCUUGGCCUCGCUGCCGCUGCUCGGCCACAAGCUGCAGGAGCCGUUUAAGUCCUUCCUGAAGAACCAGAAACAGCGGCUGCAUCGCCAGCAGCGAGGAGCGGCCGGUUCGGCAGCCGGAGCUGGAGAUUCGGGCAACCUGCUGUCCCGGAUCUUUGAGACGUUUGUCAUCGGCAUGGUGUGCUACUUUGUGGUGUCCAUUGUCAACUCCCUGGCCCAGAGCUAUCACAAGAGGUUGCACAAAAAGUCGGCGGGAGCAGCGACCACGCCCACUCGACUGGUGGCGGCGGCGGCGGCUGCGGCGGGACCCAGCAAGAAGUCGGGAAAGCAGAAAGCUUUACGGGACUAGAGUAAAAUCGCUAGAAAUGUUUUUCGUUGAUCGUUUUACCCCAAAAAAAACCCGAAAUCAUCAUACCCCGCCCUCCUUUCGAUUAAAUUAUUUUGUUUACUGCGGCUUUCGCUCUUAGUCAAAUUAUGUAUUGUAUGUGAGUGUGACCGCGAGAGAAAGAGACGGCCACCAAGCCAGAGGAAUUUACCUUGUAGACUAGAUUAGGAAAAAAAAAGUUAAAGUAAAUGUAAAGCGUGUAGUAGCCCACAACAAUAGCCAGAGCAGAAUAUAUUUUAGUAAUGUACAAGAAAAAAAAAAAAAACACCUUAGCAAUUUUCUGUGUGUGUGUGUCUCGUUUUGAUGAAACGAAAGUGAGAGAGACGCAGCUAGUCGCGCCUAAUGAAAAGCAAAUUGUGCUAAAGUUGUGCAAAAGACAAACAAGCCAGAGCAAACAGAGAGCCCAAAAUAAGUUGCAGACCCGAGAGCGAUGAAAAGGUAUGAAAAAGAUUUAAAAUUGCUGAAGAAUAAAUGAAAUAUGGAUAUACGAA